AUGCCAAAAGUUCUGGGUUACACGCCAGACUGGCUCAGUCGGCCAAACCCGGGCUAUCAUCUGUUCGCACCGAAACAGACCAACGGAAAUGGAGUCGCUGCAAAGAAACAGGAACCCGGACCACGAAAGACGAUUGCAACACGGGGUUCCGAGAUAUUCGUUGCGGUUGGGAGCGAAAUACGAUGGGCGGAUUUGCUCAACCUGAAGGAAGAACAACAGCCCUCAUACCGAACACUCCGCGCCUCGAUACCUCUACCCAUCACGCGUCUUGUCAUUUCCCCCAACGAGGACUACCUCGCAGUCUCCACCUCGCAUACGGUACACGUGAUACACCUUCCCGACUCGGCGCUGCUUCAAGCUGGCGAGGACGACGGUCCUUUAAAGCCAAAGACCUUCCAGUUGGGUCCAACUGUUCACGUUCUGGAAGAGUCGCCUGUCGCAACCACACUAUGGCAUCCCUUGGGCUAUCAUGGACGCUGUCUGGUCACUAUUACAAAGGCGGGGGUAGUUCGGCUAUGGGAGAUCAACCGCGCCGACAGGUCUACCUUCAGUGAGCCGUCGCUCUCCAUCGACCUGCCGAAACUUGCAAAUGCUACCAGCGAUCAGGACGAUCUGAGCGCCUCCAAGUUCGGAGCUUCCAAGGGUUUCUCUCCUGACUCGGUUGAGCUCGAGGUUGCGUCGGCAUGCUUUGGCGACUUUCCAGAGCAAGAAGGUGUCCAUGGCUGGGCACCCAUGACGCUGUGGAUCGCAACAGUGCCCGGAGACGUAUACGCACUUUGCCCUCUGCUACCGAGCAAGUGGCAGUUGGUCGAAUCACCCGGCAGCCACACAUUCCUCCAGACCCUCACGUCAUCCAUCAACAUCAACUACGCUGAGCUCUCAGAAGACGAGACAUCACCCAAUGACGAAUUGAAGACAUCAGAGAAGCAGGUCUCAUGGCUAUCAGACAUCUUGUACGAGGAACCUCACGUAGAGGAACGGGCGCAGGGCGACACGGUCCAGGUCUUCGCUCGCCCGCACAGCGCGCCUGCGGUGCCGUUGCUACAAGGCCCUUUCACUGUUUCACCUGAAGUAGACGAUUUUGAGCUUAGCGACAUGAUUGUCUUCUCCCUCAAGACCCUUUCGGAGAGCGAAGAGGACGAAGCUGCAGAAGGUCUGCCUACUGCUGUCGUGUGCCUGCUCACAGACACAAGCAAGGUACACGUCUGCUUAGACCUCGAGGGUAUCGUCGGGCGAUGGUUACCAUCUCCUGAGGACGAGAUUGAUGUUAUAGAAACCACCGAUCAUGAGCUGAUCAUCGCGGAAACCAUCACACUGGUGGAAAGCGACGAUUCCUCAUUCAACCAAAGCAUCACGCCAGAUGUGCACACCGACUUCUCAUUCUUCGUAUCCCACGCCACUGGGGUUUUCUACGUCUCAAUGGAGCCUUGGAUCAGGAAACUUGAGACUGAGCUUUCUCAGCCGCAAACCGAGGGCUCGCCUUUCCGCAUCAAGCGCGUACUGGAAUCGGCGAACACCUCCGUAGAGCAAUACCUACAGCGACGCGUAUCUGGCGACGUGGCUGAACAAGAAGUGACCGCGGCUGCCGUCAUUGAAGAUGGAAAUGUCGGUUACCUACUUCUUACUACAGUCGAUGGCGAGCCUCAAGCUGCCCUGCUCGAUGCACCUGAAGACGGGCUCCCUACCCAGGAAGAGCUCGCUGAAUACAUGGCAACUACCGGCCCUACCAAGGAAGUGCGUCAAGCGUGGCAGCCACCAAAGGAACUAUACGAACCCUUCGAUCUCUACGGAUCUAUUAACAUUCCCGCACGACACCGAGGCGCUCUCAAGGACGAGAUUAGGCUAUCUCCUGCGAACCUGGGGCUCCUCAUGGAUGUUCAUCGCGUACUCUCAGCGCAGACAUCUAAGCUUCAACUCGCCGUAUCCGAUUUGUUCAAUCGUGCAACGCGACUGCAGGAAGAGUUUAGGGAUCAAAUUUAUAGGACGUCUGAGAUCGCAACCAACAUUGACAGCGUCACCGGUAACGACCAAGCUGGCUCAGAGAACGGAUCAACAUACGGCAGCGCCAAUAUCGAUGACCGCAUGGAGAAGGCCAUGGCGCGGCAAGAUCGAAUCAACGCUCGCUACGAAGCCCUUCGACGAAAGAUGGUCAGCAUCGGCUCUAGCGAGCUCAGCGAAAAAGAGAGCAACUGGAUCGAAGAGUUACAGACUAUGGACAGCGCCAUUGAUCCUUCAAGUGAGACUUUGACCGACAAUGUCGAUGGCAGCGAACGCCCUGCCUGGCAGCGUCUCGACAGACUCAAGGAGGUACAUAAGGAGCAGGCACAACAGAUUGAAGCAGCCAUGAGGAACGCCAAGCAGACAAGCGAAAGUGAGCAGGCAAGGGGCACCGGUGUCAAAGUACCGAGCUAUUCGAGGAAGGCGGAGAAUGAGCAGGUGCAGGAGUUGAUACAGCGGAACAGUUUCCUGGUUGAGGCUGCUACGGACAGGUUGAGGAGUUUGGGAAUCAAUGUACCCGUGGAGGGUGGAAGCUAG